AUGCAUUGGAGGUUGCUCCGCGUCUGGCCUUCCCUGCGCAGGUUUCCUGUUCGCAGGCAGAGCUUCGGGCGUCAUCGCAACAUUCGCAGAGCCACGACGCAGGAGUCCACGCAGUCGCUGAACCUGGCCGAGGCAGUGGACAAGCAGACGCGGUGCACCCCUCCCAGCUCCGCGGCGGCGGAUUUCGGUGACUCGGUGCCGCAGCGUGUUGCCAACGAGCCCUCUGCGGGCUGCGACAUGGCCGCGCUGUGCGACUGGUACGAGGAGGCCAUCGGCGCGAUCAGAGCGGCAGGGAUGGACGCCGGUCAGGCGUGCGUGGUGCUUCCCAUCUACUGGUACGACCGCCUGGAAGAGUUCCUGCGCGUCUGGGUGCCCCGCGGAAAUUUCCUGCGGUACGAGAACGUGGUGCUGGACUUCCACUUCUACCACUGCUUCGGAUCGGCCUUCCCUUGCCAUCUGCCGCCGGCCGCUUGCCCUUUGCCAGGCGUGGCGGACUUGCCGCACCCGCAGAGCGAAGACGCCGUGCGGCACACCUCACGGCGGGGUAUCUUUCGCGUUCGCACGAACGUAGGCCACGGCCGGAUCCUCCGGGCGCUCCCCGGCGCGGUCGUGGGGGAGUGGUCGCUCGCGAGGCCUCCACACGUCCUCGCAACGGACGAGAUGGAGCUGCAGUUCGCUGAGGCGCAGGUGGACGCCUACGCGGCCGCGUCGCACGGGUGGUUCUUCUGGACGUACAGCGACCAGAGCGACCACUGGGACUUCCGGACGGGUGACGCUUUUGAUCCCCCGAAACUCAGCGAGCCGUAG